AUGUACCCAGGAAUCAGGAAGGAGCAGGACGUCCUGUCCAUCAAGGACGGCCACUUCGUGGACCAGCACGGGCGCGUCGCGCUGCUGCGUGGCGUGAACCUGGGCGGCUCCUCCAAGCUGCCGUUCGGCUACGGCCACACGGACGACCAGGACACGAGCGACUUCUUCGACGGCGCGGCCUCCGUGUCGUUCGUGGGGCGCCCGUUCCCCCUGGAGGAGGCGGACCUGCACUUGUCCCGCCUGCAGCGCUGGGGCCUGACGUUCCUGCGCUUCAUCGUCACGUGGGAGGCCAUCGAGCACGCCGGCCCCGGCCAGAUCGACCACGAGUACCUCAAGUACAUCCGCGCAGUGGUGGAGAAGGCGGCCGAGUACAACAUGCAGGUGUACAUCGACCCGCACCAGGACGUCUGGUCCCGCUGGACGGGGGGCGACGGCGCCCCCAUGUGGACGCUGGAGUGCAUCGGCUUCGAGCCGCGCAACUUCGAGCCGACCAAGGCGGCGCUGUGCCUCGAGACGUGCGGCCUGCCGGCGUCCAAGUUCCCCAAGAUGAUCUGGCCCACCAACUACGGCAAGCUGGCGUGCGUCACCAUGUUCACGCUCUUCUGGGCCGGCAAGAAGUACGCGCCCAAGUGCUACGUGGACGGCGUGCAGAUCCAGGAGUACCUGCAGUCGCACUACUUGGACUCGAUGGUGGCGCUGGCCAACGCGCUGAAGGGGCUGACGAACGUCGUGGGAUUCGGCACGAUGAACGAGCCCUCGAGUGGGUUUAUCGGCGUUAAGGACCUGGCCAAGCCCGUUGGCAUCUUCCAGAAUGGCUACGCGCCGACUGGGAUCCAGGGCAUGGCUCUGGGCGAAGGUGUCGCUCAGGAUGUGGACGUGUGGAACGCGGGCAUCAUGACGAUGAUUCGUGGCAAGCCGUCGAGGAUGGAGACCGUGGACCCCAAGGGCGUGCGCGCCUGGAAGGAGGGCUUCGGAUGUGUGUGGAAGGAGGCGGGGGUGUGGAGCUUGGACGCUGAAGGCCAGCCUCAGCUGCUCAAGCCCGACUACUUCGCUGGAGUUGACUUCGGCAAGGAGUUCUACCUGCCGUUCGCCAAGAAGUUCACCAAGAGACUGCAGAGCGUCUUCCCCAACGCGAUGAUCUUCGUGGAGAUGCCGCCCGUGGAUUUCGGAGACAUGGAGUUCCCGGAGAUCACCAGCGAGGACAUCCCCAACGCUGUGAACGCCAUGCACUGGUACGAUGCCAUCACGCUCGUCACCACAACGUGGCGCUCGUACUUCACGGUGGACUUCACCACGGGCAAGCCUGCGUUCGGCAACAAGGCGCUGCGCAAGCUGCACCAGCAGCAACUGGCCCAUGUCGCCAGCUUUGGCCGCAAGAAGAUGGGCAACGCCCCCACGCUCAUCGGCGAGACGGGCAUCCCGUACAACAUGAACGACGCGCGCGCCUACAUCAGCGGAGACUACUCGGCGCAGAUCGAGGCCAUGGACAACACCAUCUCCAACUUGGAGUCGCAGCUGCUGUCGUACACGCUGUGGAACUACACGGCCGACAACUCGCACGAGUUUGGCGACCUGUGGAACCUCGAGGACUUGAGUAUUAGCAGCCCAGACUCGGAGAAACUGGCGAUUCGCCUUGCUGGCGGACACACGCGUCGACGUGAUGACCCGGCUCGGGGACUGAAGGGCUUUGCGCGCCCGCACCCGCGUAGAAUUACCGGCACUCCCCUCAAGUCGGAGUUCACUAUGGCCACGGCCGAGUACAUUCUCGAGUACGUGUCGGUGAACACGGAGGCGACGGCGCCCACGGAGAUUUACGUGCCGUAUGUGCACUACCCAGGAGGCUACCGCGUCACGUCUUCAGAUGGCCACUGCACGAUCGAGAAGCGCGAGAGCUACGACAUUGUCAAGUACGCGCACGACGUCAAGGCCCACAAGCACCGCGUGAUUAUCGCUCCGCGAACGCCCGUUGGUAGUGACUCGAAGCGCGCCAACGCGCCGCUGUACCUUGCUCUGGCCGUCACUGCCGUCGCUGUCCCGCUACUUACCCUGUACAAGCGUAGAUAAACGAAGCUCAACGAGGACAAUUACGGAGCUGCGCAUAUGCGCAGGUAUACAUGGAACGAUCCAUAGUAAAAAGCAAAUUGUUUCAAGCAU